CCUGAGCAUUCUGUCAUGGAAAAGAAUUUGCUCAUCCAAGAAUAAACAAUGCUUAGCUAGUAUCCCUCUUGAGACAGGUAGAGGCGUUUAUGAAGUGUGCCUUGUUACUAGCCUGUGCCCCACAAAUAAACUUUCUGCUGUGAGAAAGGGUGUGGCACCUGCUUUUUUGGAGGUUUAGUUUCACAGAACCAUACAGUCCUUGUCUGGUUUUGCCAGCAGUGCCUGCUUAGAACGCACAGAGGGGCCCUGGACACUGUGGUCAGAGGCUGUCCUCAGACCCCAUCUCUAUUGCAGACCAAGCUCUUUACCACAUCCCUUUGCAGGAUUCCAAGAUGUCCCUAGGAGGCCCAGGAGUAUGUAUCUCCAAGUAGACUCUUAUCUCCAAAAGCAAGUGACAGCUCCCUUGAAUUAUUUUGGGUGAAGGAAUUGGUUUUCACAUGUUUCAUGAGGCAUAAUUAGGUGCCUAAUACCAUAUUACUCUUGCAGGUGUUUAAUUAUUGACUUUAGACACAGAUUCUAAUAGAAAUAGAAGAAAAACUGUGACAAAUUCUGAAGUUUUCCUGAAAUUAUUCGUAGUCCCUCCUGACAUUUCCUCCACCGGCUGUUUUUUUUUCUUGCUCUAAUAUUUCCAACAGACAUGCUUUGCUAAUGGUACGAGGUGUGGCUUUGUUGUUUUUUCCGGAGUUAGCCUUUCUGUCUAUGCAUCUUGGCUCUUUGAAAUCCCAGCUGAAUUUGGAGAAAUUGUUUCUUGGCAUCCACCCUGCUUUCCUGGGACACAAUGUGAUGCUGAUGACAUAGCCCGGUCACUCCACUUGACAACAAGUUUGUUUGUCUCAUCUCAAAAACAUAUUCAGUGGUGAGUAAGAACAGAAGUGGAAAGCCUUACUUACCGCAGUUUAUUAUGUGUUUCAUGCCCGUGAUAAUUACUUUUAUAAUGCCACUUGUGAAAAAAUUGAUCAGAUUAGGAUGAAUCACCUUGCUGGCCAACAGUUAUUGGAAUGAUUCUCCACGUGUGACUUCGUUGCACUAUUACAAAAUGUGGCAGGAUAGACCUGCCCAGCCAUUGUUGCCGGUGUUCAUUUGUAAUGCUGCCUUAAGGAGAUGAGGACAUGAGAGCCAAUUGUUCCAGCAGCUCAGCCUGCCCUGCCAACAGUUCAGAGGAGGAGCUGCCAGUGGGACUGGAGGUGCAUGGAAACUUGGAGCUCGUUUUCACAGUGGUGUCCACUGUGAUGAUGGGGCUGCUUAUGUUCUCUCUGGGAUGCUCCGUGGAGAUCCGGAAGCUGUGGUCGCACAUCAGGAGACCCUGGGGCAUUGCUGUGGGACUGCUCUGCCAGUUUGGGCUCAUGCCUUUCACAGCUUAUCUCCUGGCCAUCAGCUUUUCUCUGAAGCCAGUCCAAGCUAUUGCUGUUCUCAUCAUGGGCUGCUGCCCGGGGGGCACCAUCUCUAACAUUUUCACCUUCUGGGUUGAUGGAGAUAUGGAUCUCAGCAUCAGUAUGACAACCUGCUCCACCGUGGCCGCCCUGGGAAUGAUGCCACUCUGCAUUUAUCUCUACGCCUGGUCCUGGAGUCUUCAGCAGAAUCUCACCAUUCCUUAUCAGAACAUAGGAAUUACUCUUGUGUGCCUGACUAUCCCCGUGGCCUUCGGUGUCUAUGUGAAUUGCAGAUGGCCAAAACAAUCCAAAAUCAUUCUCAAGAUUGGGGCCAUUGUUGGUGGGGUCCUCCUUCUGGUGGUCGCAGUUGCUGGUGUGGUCCUGGCGAAAGGAUCUUGGAAUUCAGACAUCACCCUUCUGAUCAUCAGUUUCAUCUUCCCUUUGAUUGGCCAUGUCACGGGUUUUCUGCUGGCACUUUUUACCCACCAGUCUUGGCAAAGGUGCAGGACGAUUUCCUUAGAAACUGGAGCUCAGAAUAUUCAGAUGUGCAUCACCAUGCUCCAGUUAUCUUUCACUGCUGAGCACUUGGUCCAGAUGUUGAGUUUCCCACUGGCCUAUGGACUCUUCCAGCUGAUAGAUGGCUUUCUUAUUGUUGCAGCAUAUCAGACAUACAAGAGGAGAUUGAAGAACAAACACAGAAAAAAGAACUCAGGUUGUACAGAAGUCUGCCACACGAGGAAAUUGACUUCUUCCAAAGAGACCAAUGCCUUCUUGGAGGUGAAUGAAGAAGGUGCCGUCACUCCUGGGCCACCAGGGCCAAUGGAUUGCCACAGGGCUCUCGAGCCAGUUGACCACAUCACUUCAUGUGAAUAGCAGGGACUUGCUGGUUGGACUGGCACCCUUCUUUUUCAGUGGCCAGUAAAGACAGUGUGCAGCUGACACAUGAAUCUUGUUGGUAGGGCCAGUGUGAAUAUUUAAGUGUUCAAUGUUAGAAUAUUUAUAUGUAUAUUUUCUUUUCUUUUUUUUUUUUUUUUGAGACAG